AUGCCGCCCAAGCCGCUGGCCAAGCGAGACGAUGGCGGCGCUAAGGGCGUACUGCCGGUCACUGCUGCUACACGUGCGGCGGCGUCGAAGGGACCGGCACCGCGAUUGAAGCUCGAGAUCCGGCGACUCCCACCGGGCCUGACGUUGACCGAAUUCGAAGAGAUAUUGGGUGACGAGUGGAAACCGGGGAAUGGCAGAGUGGACUGGAGAGAGUACCGGCAAGGGAAAGUCAAGCAAUCUGCGGCCAAGGUGCCCGAGCAGAGCCGAUGCUACAUGCAUUUGCUCAGUGAACCUAUCCUCAAGGAGCUGGAAGUCCGUUUCCUGGAAGCAUCUUUCCACGACAAGGCUGGAACGUAUAGGUUGCCUGAUCUCAAGCAUUUGCCACCGACUAUCGGGUACGCCCCUAACCAGCGCGUGCCUACCACAACCAAAGUGAGGACAGACAAUCGGCAGGGAACCAUUGACCAGGAUCCGGAAUUCAUGUUGUUUCUGCAAGCCGAAACACAGCCGAUCUUCAAGCCAGCAGCUCUCGAUACGCUGGGAGUGGAGGCGGAGAAGGCGGAGAAGGAGCAGAUCAAGAGCACGCCAUUGAUCGAGGCGCUGAGGGAGAAGAAGGCGAACAAGGCCAAGGCAGCGGAGGCGAAGGUGGAGAAGAAAGAUGGGAAGGGCCACCAGAGGACCGGCAGUAAGGACAAUGCUGUGGCGGAGAAGGGCGGCAAGGAUGGGAAGGCGACUCAACAGCAGAAGGCUCAGCAGCAGAAGAUCGAGCAGGUGUCAAAAGAGGCUGUGAAGGCUCUGAACAAGCAAGUCGCCAACAAGCAGCAACAAGCACAACAGCCCGACGCAGCCAAAGCUUCGUCCACAGCAUCUGCUGCAAGUGCAACGCCUCCACGUGCACCGCGCCAGAGAGGCAAUGCCGAAGGUAUCAAGAGGAUGCUUCAGAAGGAUCUGGGCAUCAAACCGAAGCCGCAGCCAGCUGCACAAAACACAUCCCAGCCAGCCGCACCAAACUUAACGGCUGCAUCUCCUGCGACCCCCAGUGCGAUUAAAAGGGAAGCAGCACGGCCAUCAACACCCGCGUCCACUACUAUACCGACUGGACCAGCAAAGCAACAGGCCACGCCGAAGCAACCGGCAGCUCCGACGCCUGUAGUCUCAUCGACCAAAGCGUACCUGAAGCAUGCUAAUCCCAGCCAAGGCAUGACUGAGAUCCUGAUCCAGCAAGCACUCUCCCAGUAUGGCGAGGUCAACAACGUGACUAUCGACCCGCGAAAGGGCACCGCCAUAGCUAUAUUCAAGGAAAACGAUGGCUUGAAGAAAGCAUUGGAGGCCAAGAAGGUGCCUGUUGCUAAUGGUAGUGUGGAGGUGCUGGAAUGGAAAGAUCGUGCAGUCAAUGUGGGCGGAAGGGGUGGCUUUCAUGGUAGGCGAGGAGGUGGUGCAAGAGGUGGUAGAGGUGGAGCUCAGGUGCCAAUAGCCGCUGCUGCUGCUGCUGCUCCGACUGUACCGAAGGGCGGCGGUGGCGAAGGUGCUGGAGGUUGA